AUGUACAACAGUGGUCAAGAGUACCCAGGAAGAUCUCAAGUGGAUAGUUUCUCUUCAUCACCAAAUUCAAGCAUAGAGAAACAACCACAAGAACCAAAUAAAGAAAUCAAACUUCCUGAUAAUCCUUCUGGUCCAACUUCUAAAAAUCCUCCUGGUCAAACUUCUAAUGAUUCUUCUAAUUCACCCCAAGCUAGCAGCACUCCUUCAAACCCUCCUAAAUCAGUUGAUGUAAAAUCUGCUUUCUUAAAACACUACAAAGGAGUAAAGGUUACUGGUUCAUGUAAUGCCAAUUUUCAAUUAUUCCUUGUUCCACAUAUAUUCAUAAACGUUGAAACAAAAGAAAAUAACAUUCAGUUGGAUGCAAAAUUUAUGAAAUUAACUGAAAGAAUACAUUUUGAAAAAGAUAAGAGUAAGUUAAAGAAUAAGUGUGAACCUGAAAAAAAACAAACAUUUAAAUUUGUAUUAUAUCUUAAGGAGGAUGUACUAACACUUAAAUGGAGAAACCUGCCUAAUCCACUUAAACCUGAAGAAAAUACAGUAGAUAUAAGAUUAUACAAGUUACCAAAAUUAGAUCAACCAAUAACCUCAAUACAAGUACAUACUCUAGCCAUAGAGAAGGAAAUUCUUAUUUAAAUGGAAAGUAAAGAUUAUAGCUUAGGAAAUAAUAUACCUGAAAAAUGUGACGCAAUAGCUUCAGAUUGUUUCUUGAGUGGAAAUAUUAAUAUAGAAAAAUGUUUAAAAUGUACCUUGAAAGUAAAAAAGGCAGAAGCUUCUGAUGUAUGUUACAAGUAUGUCUCAAAAGAUGAACCCAAGGAAACAAAACCAGCUAAGCCAGCAAGUGAAGUGAAGGAAGUAGAAGCUGCAUCAGAAGAUUAUUCAGAUGAUAAAGAAUAUGAACUUUCUCAAUCUAUUAACAACAUAUUAAACAAAAUGUACAAAAAACAAAGCAGUGAUGAAAAAAAUAAUAAAAAGGAAUUAAUUAAAUUAGAAGAUGCAGAUGAUAGUUUACAAGAAGAAUUAAAUAAAUAUUGUAAUUCAUUAAAAGAAGUAGAUGUUAAUGGUGUAUUAUCAAAUAAUGAAGUAGGUAAUGAAAAAGACGUAUUCAAUAAUUUAACAAUAUUAUUAAAAGAACAUAUGGAAGAAAAUGAACAUGAUGUUUUUGAAAAACUUAAAAACUCAGCAUUAUGUUUAAAAAAUAUCGAUGACUGGUUAAAAAAUAAGACAGGAUUAAUUGUACCACCAGUAAAAAAUAAUUUAAAAGAUACUAAUGAAAAAAAAGAAUCAAAUAAUAAUACUGAAGUCAAUGAAGAUAUGUUUAAAGAAAACGAACAUGGAAUUGUUGAUUUAACCAAAUUUCCUAUAGAUACAAAUUAUUUAUCUUAUAAACACGUAGACUAUUCAUACUGUAAUAAUGAUUAUUGUAACUGGUCAAAGGAUAAAAAUAGUUGUAUAUCACAUAUAGGUAUAGAAGAUCAAAAAAAUUGUGCUUUAUCCUGGGCCUUUGCAUCUAAAUAUCAUUUAGAAACUAUUAAAUGUAUGAAAGGAUAUGAACAUACUCCAAUUUCUUCAUUAUAUAUAGCAAAUUGUAGUAAAAAUGAAAAUGAAGAUGUAUGUACUGAAGGUUCAAACCCAUUAAAAGUUUUACAAAUGAUUGAAGAAAAAGGAUUCUUACCAACAGAAGUAGAUUAUUCAUAUGAACAAAGUAAAGUUGGUGAAACAUGCCCAGAAGUACAAAAUGGAUGGGUCAAUUUAUGGGGUAAUGCAAAAUUAUUAGAACAAAAUAAUGAUGAACAAAAUUCUUUAAGUACUAAAGGAUAUACUUCAUAUGAAAGUGAAACAUUUAAGAAAGACAUGCAUUCAUUUGUUAAAUUAAUAAAAGAUGAAAUAAUGAAUAAAGGUUCAGUUAUUGCUUAUGUAAAAGCUGACAAAUUAAUGGGAUAUGGAUUUAAUGGAAAGAAAGUUCAAAACUUAUGUGGUGAUAAAACACCUGAUCAUGCAGUAAAUAUUAUUGGUUAUGGUAAUUAUAUAAAUGAUGAAGGUCACAAAAAAUCCUAUUGGAUUGUAAGAAAUAGUUGGGGUAAAUAUUGGGGACACAAAGGUCAAUUCAAAGUUGAUAUGUAUGGACCAUCAGAUUGUGAAGAUAAUUUCAUUCACAGUGUAGUAGUAUUUAAUGUUGAUUUACCUGUAAAUGAAGAAUCUGUCAAAAAAGAAGCUAAAAUAUAUAACUAUUAUUUAAAAGCUUCUCCAGAUUUUUAUCAUAACUUAUAUUUCAAAAAUUUCGAUUCACAAAUAGGUAAAACUGAUGAAGCUGAAAAUAAGAAUUCAUAUGUAUAUGGACAAGAAGAAGCAGCGUCAGAACAAGCAACAUUAUUAACAGGAUCAACAACAGCAGCAGGACCAGCAGGACCAGCAGGACCAGUAGGACCAGCAGGACCAGUAGGAUCAUCAGCAACAGAACAAGAAACACCAAAAUCAAGGGCAUCACAAGCAUCAUCAGACGUAUCAUCCCUAACAUCACCAGGACCAGAAGCAUCACCAGAAGGACCACAACCACCAACAACAGAAUCAACAAGAUCAGAAUCCCCAGCAGUAUCAUCAGAACCACCAGUUCCAGAAAAGGCACAAGCAUCAUCAGCAGCACCAGCAUCACAAGAUAAUACCCAAAGUGAUAGAUCUAAGGAAAAAGUUGAUAUAUUCCACGUUUUAAAACACAUUAAGGAUGGUAAAAUAAAGAUGGGCUUAGUUAAAUAUGACCAUUCUGAUGCUCUUGGUGAUGAUCACGUAUGUUCAAGAUCCUAUUCUUCGGACCCAGAGAAACAAGAAGGAUGUGUUAAAUUUUGUAAUGAUAACUGGGAAAAAUGUAAAGAUACACCUUCUCCUGGAUUUUGUUUAAGUGAAUUAGAAAAAACAGAUGAUUGCUUUUUCUGUUAUAUAUUUUUAUUAAGUAUAAAUUUGUUCAAUAUGCAUGUACAGAUAUAUUCUAACAUAAUGCACAUGUAUAUGCACUUUAAAAAUAAAAGGAAAAUAUUUUUUAAAAAAUAUAUGAUUUAA